AUGCUGGAUUCCAUGAUCACUGCUCAGUACAUUCACGGUCACAUGACUGCAUACACUCUAGUUAUUGUGCAUGAUGUGAAACUUAACAUCCAAUACAGUCCUAAAAUCUUAGAAUACAGACCGCAUGCGCACCUGCUGGAGUUUCCACCUGACGACAUCGAAGUCGGCGUGAUUGUCCGCGGGAAGAUCCGAACUGUGCAUCCGUCAUCCGGAGGAAGCGGGCAGACAGAGACUGUGUUUACAUGUGGUAUCAUGUUUGGUAACAUGUGGUAUGGUAUAAACAGGGUAGACAGAGACUGUGUUUACAUGUGGGCAGACAGCGAGCCACACGUGCGCGACUGCGUGCACUGCUACACGGCUGACUGGGUGGGAGUGUGCCGCCGAUACCAGUGCUACAGCUCCAGCUACAACAUUCGUGACAAGGUAGCCGAGAGGAUUAAUGUCGUCAGGGCAACGCCGAAGCAGACGUUUGAGAUCGACUUGGAGGAUGAAGCUCAGAACGAUGGCAUGGACUCGCAGCGCAGCUCGGUCGUGGAGACGCCGCGCGCGUCCGUCGUCGAGGUGUCGCCACGCUCGUCUCGCUCAUCGUCGGGCGACGUGACGCCGCGUAACUCGACGGCGUCGGCGGGCUGCGAGACGCCGCGCGGCAGCUGGGCGAGCAGCGUUUUUGACCUGCGCAACUCGCGCGCCGACCCGCUGCUGCCGGGACUCCUCGACAAGGUGCCCGUCGAGUACGUCGACCGCUUCAACGAGUCGCGGCGGCAGCAGGACCGCCAGGAGGCGCUGUUCAGCCUGUAUCCGCUGCAGGAGGAGGAGGAGAUUGUGGAGCGACGGCUGCCGGCUGACAUCCCGGCCGAACAUUCCGGCCAUAGGAUCCUAGUCAAGUGCUCAGCACUGAAGCUUGAGUUGGAGGUGGAGCCACACUUUGGCAUCAUGGCACUGUAUGAUGCAAAGGAAAAGAAAAAGAUAUCGGAGAAUUUCUAUUUCGAUCUGAACCCGGAGCCGAUAAAGAAGAUGUUAGCGGCGCACGUGCCUCACCAGGAUUUCUCCACACUCAGCCGCUCCUGCAUCUUCAACAUCACCUACCCAUCACCCGACAUAUUCCUCGUCGUUAAGCUAGAGAAGAUAUUGCAACAAGGAGAUAUCAGUGAGAGCGCAGAACCGUACAUGAAAGACGAUAAGCGUGACAAGGUGCGAGCGAACGCGCAGUACUACUGCGAGCGACUGGGUCAGUACUGCAUGCCGUUUGCGUGGACGGCGAUCUACCUGACGAACAUCGUGAAGGGAGUGGCGAGUCUGGAGCGCGACAGCGACAGCGACGCUGGCAGCAUCGCCUCCAGCAGCCUCGAGAGGAAAUCCGUGCCAAACUUCGACAGCUUCAAGCAGGGCAAGUCCGGCAGCACGGCGUCGUUGCCACGGCGAGGCUCGCUCGAGAGGCUGAGGAGCAGCGGGUCGGAGAAGAGGAGGAGCUGGUCGCCGGAGGAGGCGAGCGCGAACCUCGAGUGCUUCCGUCCGGUCACGCUCACCGUGUCCAGCUUCUUCAAGCAGGAAUCGGAGAAGCUGUCGGAUGAGGAUCUGUAUAAGUUCCUCGUUGACCUCAAGCGACCCACGUCUGGACUGAAGAAACUCAAGUGCAUCCCGGGCACAUUGAAGCUGGACAUAUCUCCGUGUCCGGAGGAGGUGAAGUACUGUCUCACGCCGGAGCUGGCACGGCUAGACCCGUACCCCGAUGACAAGGGAAGACCGACGAAGGAGAUCCUCGAGUUCCCCUCUAAGGAGGUGUUUGUACCGCACUACGUCUACAGGAAUCUACUCUACGUCUACCCCAAGAACCUGAACUUUGCUAGUCGCGCUGGAUCGGCCAGAAACAUCGCAGUUAAGGUGCAGUUCAUAGCCGGGGAGGGAGACCACAACGCCCUGCCUGUGAUAUUCGGCAAGUCGAGCUGUCCGGAUUAUCGUAACCACGCGUAUGCAGCGGUAACCUACCACAACAAGUACCCUGAUUUCUAUGAGGAGGUGAAGGUGAGGAUGCCAGCAGUGCUGGACAUACAGCAUCACCUGCUCUUCACCUUCUUCCACAUCAGCUGCCAGAAGAAGGUGGAGCAGACGCCCAUAGAGACGCCCAUCGGAUACACGGCCGGAAGAGUCACCCUGUAUGACUCAUUCUAUGAUGCGGAUGGUAGAGGUAUGGAGCGAACGGGCAGCAUGCGUACGACGUACGAAAACAUCUACAGCACUGUGAAACCGCACUACAGAAAGCUCGUACAUGAGGAGAUUGCACUGCAGUGGGUCGUGUCUUCAGGUUCUGUCAGGGAGACAGCACUCACAAACGCCUGGUUCUGCUUUGAGCUGAUGCCCAGCAUCGCCAGCUCUCAGUCAGCAGGUUCGGCUCUGUCCACGCUGAGCGCCCAGAGGGAUAGCGGAAACUUUGCGGAGCUGACACUAGACUACAAGCAGCAGCACUAUCUCGUCGGACUCGUUCUGUCGGACCUCUCCAGCGCCCUGGAUGGCAUGAAUUCGAGCGUGCACAACCGAGCGAUCAAUCUCGUGCGUAACCUGCUCACCUGCCACGACUCGGACCCGCGCUACAGCGAGCCCGAGUGCAAGAACCGCGUCGCUGCCCUCUACCUGCCGCUGCUCAGCAUAGUCAUGGACUCUCUCUGUCAACUCCACGACGCAUCGCUCUCCGCAAAGGGACUCCAGGCUCCGCCAGCAGAUGGCGCUGACCACCUUCCAGGCAGCCAAACGCAUCCCAUCAACCAGAACGUUGCCAUGGCGAUCGCAGGCUCGUGGUCCUAUCAGAGGUCAAGCGACGACUCUCUUGAUCCAUUCCAACAGCAAUUUAGACUUCACAGGCCUCGGGCUGAGAUAGACAAUGAUGCACACAUAGAGGGGAACCUGAGCACAGAGGUCAGCCUCCUCAUCCUCGAUAUGCUGGAAUUCAUUGUGCAGCAAACGGAGAAGUCGGACACUCUACAGGGCAGCAGCCUGCUGGGCGGGGUGCUGCGUGUGCUGCAACACAUGCUAGCCUGCAGCCAGAGUGAGCUCGUGUUACAGAACAUAUUCGCUUCUCAACGAUCCCUGGUUUUCAAGUUUCCCGAGCUGCUAUUUGACGAGGAGACGGAGCAGUGUGCAGACCUGUGUCUACGCUUACUCACACACUGCAGCAGCAGUCUGAGCUCCAUACGCUCACAGGCCAGUGCCUCCCUCUAUCUGCUCAUGAGACAAAACUUCGAGAUCGGCAACAACUUUGCGCGCGUGAAGAUGCAGGUGACGAUGUCUCUCAGCUCUCUCGUCGGCACCAAUCAGAAGUUUAACGAGGAAUACCUGCGCAGGUCGCUCAAGACGAUCCUGCUGUACGCCGAGGAAGACACGGACCUGCAGGAAACCACCUUCCCUGAGCAGGUAAAGGACCUUGUCUUCAACCUGCACAUGAUCCUUUCGGACACGGUCAAGAUGAAGGAGUUCCAGGAAGACCCGGAGAUGCUCAUCGACCUCAUGUACAGGAUAGCGAAGGGAUACCAGGCGUCGCCCGACCUUCGCCUCACCUGGCUGCAGAACAUGGCUGGAAAACACAGCGAGAGGAACAAUCAUGCGGAGGCAGCCUUGUGUCUCGUUCACUCAGCGGCUCUUGUGGCUGAGUACCUACACAUGAUAGAAGACAGGACCUAUCUGCCCAUCGGCUGCGUUACCUUCCAGGCUUCUAUGUACGAGGCCGUCAACGACGUCUACCGCAUCCUCAUCCCGAUUCACGAAGCCAACAAGGACUACAAGAAGCUGGCGAGCCUGCACGGCAAGCUGAACGAGGCCUUCACGAAGAUCGUCCACCAGCAGGGAAAGAGGAUGUUCAGCUGUUUCUACAGAGUCGGUUUCUACGGCAACAAGUUCGGGGAUCUGGACGGAGAGGAGUUCAUCUACAAGGAACAGCCGUUUGUCAAGCUGCCUGAGAUUACUCACAGACUCGAGUCAUUCUACAUCGAGCGAUAUGGUCAAGCUUCAAUUCAUACAAUUAAGGAUUCGAACAACGUUGACAGAACUAAACUCAACCCUGACAUUGCAUACAUUCAGAUCACCUAUGUGGAACCUUACUUUGACCUUCAUGAGUUCCGGGACAGGACGACAGACUUUGAGAAGAACUACAACAUUAGGAGGUUUGUCUAUGCCACACCCUUCACACCGGAUGGCCGCGCCCACGGACAGUUGGGCGAGCAGUACAAACGCAAGACCAUCCUUACGACGACGCAGUCGCUGCCCUACGUACGCACCCGCAUACAGGUGCAAGAACGCAAGCAGAUUGUGCUGACACCUAUAGAGGUUGCUAUAGAAGACAUUCAGAAGAAGACGGUGGAACUCGGCGAUGCGUUAAUGCAGGACCCGCCCGACCCCAAAAUCCUACAGAUGGUCAUACAGGGCUGUAUCGGAACCACAGUUAACCAGGGUCCGAUGGAAGUGGCACUAGUGUUCCUGGCAGACAUUGCUGAUGGCAGCAAGCCAGCUACAAAGCAUCACAACAAGCUGAGGCUAUGCUUCAAGGAGUUCAUAAGAAGGUGCGGAGAUGCCCUGCGUAGAAACAAGAGCUUGAUAGGACCUGAGCAGAGAGAAUACCAGAAGGAGUUGGAAAGGAACUACAAAAGCCUGUGUGAUAAACUCUGGCCCAUGUUGGCCAACACUGCAAGAAACACAAUCAAGAUCAAAGACCAGUACAACAAUGACAAUUCCUACAGCAAGGUGACCGUCGCAUAAUGGCACUGCGAUCCGCGCCGAGGCUUGCGAGAGGGGUUGCCACGGUAACCGCCGCCCACACGGGACGUGACGUGAUCCGCAGUGGACGGGGGGACCAUUCAUCAGUACAACAGCAGGAGGAGUUGGUUGAGUUAGUUCACGCAGCGUGUUUCUGAAAUCGUGUUCCUGAUUAAUUGACGCCACGAGUCACUGCGAUAUGUUCCGACCAGCCCAGAUUGCAGAAUUUGAUACGGCGUUUAAGGGCAGGGUGUUUUUAUAUAUGAGAUCGGUGUGACAUAUACAUUACGUGCUUACGCGCAUGGAUAUUGUGUGUUUCUGGGGCGGUACCGGCGAGAAUGAAUCAUGUAGUCACUACCUGAAGCUUAACUUAUGAAACCGGACCGUAAAUUAUAUUGUAGCGUCAUUUGUAACCAUAGUAGACACAGAGCAUAUGGCCUCCUAUUUAACUAUGAUCGUCGAUGUCAGCAUUGAAAUGCUCCACGUUUUAUGCACAAGUAUCGUCAUGGGGUCACGUGUUCUAACUGCAUACAAAGGGCUCGUCAUGUAUAUAUGAUAAGUGACACUCUUGAAUAUCGAGCUUCUAUACUGUGCGCUCUCACGGGAGAAACAGCACGGGUAAAAUAUCGAAAAACUUGGUCGGUUUCUUAUCAAACUCAUUAUUCCUUCACAUGUUGGCAGCAUAUUCGUCGCAAAUGACUGUAUAGGUAAAAUUAGAUGCUUCUGCAAAAUUACAUAUUGUGUCGGGGUGCUUUAAAUGGAUCAAUUGCUAGAAUUUACAGCUAGAUGAUAACAAGAAAUAUGAAAUGUAGGCAGUUAAUCAUGAAAACAAAUAUCUAGUUUAAUCAUUAUAGUAUUUAUUCCGACUUGUCUAAAGGUAAUGAUGAACAUAUACACAUAUUUACAUCAUUACAUUUAAAUAUAUGUACUUACUUCAUUUUGGUUACAUCCAAUUUUGUCUCGCAUUUUAAAACAAUUUAUUUAUCGUCUAUUUUUUAUUUACUCGCAUCCGUUCUUGCAUUUUAAUAAUUUUUUAUCCGUUUUGUCAUAUUUCUAUGUUUACGUGACUUUGCUCUGUACAUAUACAAAUGUAUAUAUACAUAAUUAAAUCUGCAAUAAAAUAUAGCAAAUAUAUAUGUAUACACUCAUAA